AAGCGCUCGGUCAAUUCAAGCCACCUUCAUGCCCUUCACAGCCUUCAUUCAGUAACUUUUUUUUAAAGCUAAAUUCACAGUGAAUGUAUGAAAAAAAUACUUUUGAAAUGGGCGUAUAGCAGUUAUUAGAGCAGCUCCACAGUUAGUUAUCUUAGCCUAGCCUGAACUGGUGAGCUGCUCAACUUUACGAGUUACGAUAAGGUUGUAGGUGUUAAGUGGACCUAAGUUGAGUUUUUACAAUUAAAGGUUUGCUUCUGCAUCCUAACAUGGAGCCCUGUGGAGCCAUUCUUGGAUGCAGUGCGGGUAUUGCGGUGGGUGGGCUUUUGUUUGCAGCCUACAAACUUGGCUUACUCUACCAGUUGUUUCACAAGGCUGAGACGAAGAGCCCACGGCAUGGUGGUGAAAGUGUCGCGGAGGUCCUCCGUGCUCACGGGAUCAAGUAUGUUUUCACUCUUGUUGGUGGACACAUCUCACCCAUCCUGGUGGCUUGCGAGAAGAUGGGCAUCCGCAUUGUAGACACCAGACACGAGGCCACUGCUGUCUUUGCUGCUGAUGCUGUGGCAAGGCUCUCAGGCACUGUUGGUGUAGCAGCAGUGACUGCCGGCCCAGGCCUUACCAACACAGUGACAGCAGUGAAGAAUGCUCAGAUGGCUGAAUCUCCACUACUGCUUAUAGGAGGAGCUGCUGGUACACUUCUUCAGGGCAGAGGAGCGCUGCAAGAUAUUGACCAGAUGUCUCUCUUCAAGCCACUAUGUAAGUUCUGUGCCUCCAUAAGGACUAUCAGGGAAAUCGUGCCUACAGUCAGGAAGGCCCUGGCCAUCGCCCAGUCUGGAACUCCUGGUCCUGUUUUCAUAGAAUUCCCCAUUGACACACUCUACCCCUUCCACCUGGUUUCCAAAGAGUUUGCGGUUAAAAACCCUCCUAAAGGCCUGAUGGGAAAAAUUGUCUCAUGGUACCUCAAUAGCCACCUCACUAACCUUUUUGCCGGAGCUUGGGAGACAAGAGAUGUUUCUCCACUUCCUGUUGACAUACCACAAGCCACAGAUGAUCAGGUUCAAAAAUGCAUAGAGCUGGUGAGCCGAGCCAAGAAACCAGUUAUUCUUCUGGGUAGCCAAGCAACACUACCCCCAACCCCGGCUGAUGACAUCAGGAAGGCGUUGGAGGACCUGGGCAUCCCCUGCUUCCUCGGGGGCAUGUCCCGUGGAUUGCUGGGUAAAGCUAGCCCCAUCCACAUCAGACAGAACAGACGCGAUGCUCUGAAGGAUGCCGACUUGGUGCUCUUAGCAGGCACUGUAUGUGACUUCCGGUUGAGCUAUGGCAGAGUUCUGAACAGACGUAGCAAGAUCAUCGCUGUCAACCGAGAUAAGUCACAGCUGCUCAAAAACUCUGAUAUGUUCUGGAAACCAACUAUAGCAAUUCAAGGUGAUGCUGGUUCAUUCUUAGCACGGCUUGCCAAAGGCCUGAAGGGCCAUCGCUGUCCAGAAGAAUGGCCUCAAAGUCUCAAAGCAGGAGAUACCACCAAAGAAAACACUAACAGAGCUAAAGCUGACGAAAAGACAAACCACCACUUAAAUCCCUUGAAAGUCCUCCACCUUGUGGAUGAACUGAUGGCAGAGGACAGCAUCAUUGUGGCUGAUGGUGGUGAUUUUGUGGGAAGUGCUGCUUACAUUAUGAGACCAAGAGGACCUUUGCGCUGGCUAGAUCCAGGAGCCUUUGGGACUCUUGGGGUGGGAGGAGGAUUUGCUCUAGGGGCAAAACUGUGUCGGCCUGAAUCUGAGGUGUGGAUAGUCUAUGGUGACGGCUCCUUAGGAUACAGUGUUGCAGAGUUUGACACAUUCACUAGACACAAGACAGCAGUUAUAGCCGUGGUGGGAAAUGAUGCAUGUUGGAGUCAGAUUUCCAGAGAGCAGGUUCCCAUACUUGGCAGCAAUGUGGCAUGUGGCCUUGCAUUUACAGAUUAUCACACAGUAGCUGAUGGUUACGGUGGUAAGGGCUACCUUAUAGGGCGUGAGGAUGAGGACCGCCUGAGUGACAUCAUCAAACAGGCUCAGAAGGAGACCAAGGAGGGCAAGGCUACACUUCUCAACGUUCUGAUAGGGAAGACCAACUUUAGAGAAGGCUCCAUCUCUGUAUAGAGCAGCUGUAACUUUCUAAAAGAGUGUAUUCUUCCUUUACCCUUGGCUUCCUUCAUUGACUUUUACUACCAGGGUUUAUGAAGGGUUUCAAAGAAAAAACUGUUGGAUACUGUGUGGAGCCCAGCCCUGACCCGACCUCUGCUAAUCCUUUGUGCCCUUAAAGCCAUAUUUCACUUUGAUAAGAGAAAAUGACUUUACAGUCUACUGAUCUCCCAUAAGAGUUCCUCAACUGUCAGUUGUGUAGUCAAAAAUCAUACUAGUACUGCAUUAUUAUGAAUAAGUUAUAUUAUUAUUAUUGGUAGUAGUAGUAUUAUUAUUAUCAUUACCAGUUAAUAUAUUCUAUUAUAUUAAGUUAUUUACUAUUAUGCAGUAAAAUAUAGCUCAAGAUCUGCCAGCCUUGAAAGUAAAGCUUUUAUUGAGCUUCAUGUGACUUUCAGGUUCAUGUUGUGCUAAUUCAAAGCAUAAUUGCUGCAUUUCAAGAAGGGAAAGAAUGAGAAUUAAGAACAUUUUUGCUUUGUUUAGGGAUUUUGCCUCUUCAGGAGCUCGGAUUUGAUUUUUGACCUUCAAACAGUCUAUUAUAACUAGACAUUUCUUACAAAUAAAUCAGUGAUUGAGUGAGAGUGCAUUGGUUUAAAUAUGCUAGUAUUCCUUUCUCCUGUAAUAAAAUGAAUACAGAGCCUUUUCUUUGAGGACAUGUGAAAUCUUACAGCUGUAAUAUUGUUCAUCGAUUGAUGAUUUGGGAUAAAUUUGCAAAUGGAAAAUAUUUUUGAAUGACAGACAAACGGUAUGCCUUUUAAUGAUUGAUUGUAUCUUCAAAUACAUUGAUAUGUGUAGAUUGAAAUGUGUCUGCUGAUUUAGUUGUGUAUUCAAAUGAUAUUUAAUAUUAACAUGUAUGCAGUGAUGUGGGCUAUAAAUUAAAAAUGCCUAUACACAAUAUAUAUUGCACUAUAAUUGUAACUUAUUUGCUCACAGGGUGAACACAUGGAUCAUCUCACUCCAACAUAUAUGCUGUUUUUUUUGGUAUCUUGAGGGAUGUAUGUCAAACUUUGGAUCAUGAACUGUUCAUUCGGAUUUAUUCUCAAAUAAAUUGAAAGAAGAUAUA